GCAGUGCUGAGCUCCCCCAGCCAGUGGCUGCUCAGCACUGAGGGGGGUGGGCUGUUCUCUCGUCUGACGACAGUCAGGGCUGUCAGAGCGUCGUCAGCUCCUAACACUCCAGCCUCUCGCGCUGCCGGAGGGGCGCUGGUACCCCAAAUGCUCUUAGAUGGCUUCAUCCAAAAGCUGCGAGCUCUCUCCCGGUCUGCUGUCUGCAAUGGGUAUUCGCGCUUCCUGCAGGCCGGAGUCUCACCCCAGGGGUCCCUCCCAGCUGUCAGAGUCCCAGCACCCCGAGCAGGAGGAGGAGAUCCUGGGAUCUGAUGACGAAGAGCAGGAGGACCCGAACGACUACUGCAAGGGUGGCUACCAUCAUGUGAAGAUUGGAGACCUGUUCAAUGGGCGGUAUCAUGUCAUUCGGAAGCUGGGCUGGGGGCACUUCUCCACUGUCUGGUUGGCUUGGGAUAUCCAGGGGAAACGGUUCGUCGCCAUGAAGGUUGUCAAGAGUGCAGAGCACUACACCGAGACGGCCCUGGACGAGAUCAAGCUGCUCAGAUCUGUUAGAAACACUGACCCCAAUGAUCCCAACAGAGAGAUGGUCGUCCAGCUGCUGGAUGACUUUAAGAUCUGUGGUGUGAAUGGGACCCAUGUGUGCAUGGUGUUUGAAGUCCUGGGGCACCACCUUCUCAAGUGGAUCAUCAAGUCCAACUACCAGGGCCUGCCCCUGCCCUGUGUCAAGAGCAUCAUCAGACAGGUUCUUCAAGGCCUGGAUUACCUGCACACCAAGUGUAAGAUCAUUCACACGGACAUCAAGCCGGAGAAUAUCCUAAUGUGUGUGAAUGAGCCCUAUGUGCGGCGCCUGGCCGCUGAGGCCACGGAGUGGCAGAAAGCGGGGGCGCCCCCCCCCUCCGGCUCUGCAGUGAGCACAGCCCCACAGCCAAAACCGAUGGUGAAAAUGUCCAAGAACAAGAAGAAGAAGCUGAAGAAGAAGCAGAAGCGCCAGGCAGAGCUGCUGGAGCGCCGCAUCAUGGAGCUGGAGGAGCUGGAGCGUGGCCCCGAGGGGGGUGAGGAGGACGAGGAGGAGGAAGGCCAGGAGCCGGACACCCCUGAGGCUCCCGUUUGCGUGCCUCUCAAAGAAGCCACAUUGCAGGACAUGGCAGACGAGCAGGAAGCUGAGGGCAACGGCAGACAGGACAGACACCAGGAGGUCAUUCUGGGGCAGAGAGACGGGAUGGAGCUAAACUGUAACGGACACGUUCGAGAGGGCCUCACCACGGAGGAGGAAGACGAAGAGAGGAGAACCAUGAGGAAGGAGGAAGACCACCACAACGCCAACGACUGUGUGCCCAGGGACCUGUACCCUCAGAACCAGAUGCUGCUCCUGAACUCCGCUUACCAGUCAUGCAACGGCACGGCGCAGGGCGAGGAGGCUGCGGGCCCCGAUGGCAAUGGACCUUGCGUUAGAGGCGAGCCUCAGGCUGAGGCCUGUAGCUUGCAGCCUGACGGGCGAGCCGGCAGGGGGCCGCAGGAGGACAUGGGCCGAGCGCAAGACAGCCCCGACAGCCAGAUCAGAAUAGAGAACAACCUGAGGAACGCCAAGAUAGCAGCAGGCAAUCUCCUGGUGAAUCCCCUAGAGCCCCUGAACGCCGACAAGAUGAAAGUGAAGAUCGCUGACUUGGGGAACGCCUGCUGGGUGCACAAGCAUUUCACAGAAGAUAUCCAGACGAGACAGUAUCGAUCGCUGGAGGUGCUGAUCGGGGCUGGGUACAGCACUCCUGCGGACAUUUGGAGUACAGCAUGCAUGGCAUUUGAACUGGCGACGGGUGAUUACUUGUUUGAACCACAUUCUGGAGAAGAUUACUCAAGAGAUGAAGAUCACAUUGCGUUGAUCAUUGAAUUGCUCGGGAAAGUACCACGCAAGCUCAUUGCUGCUGGCAAAUACUCCAAGGAGUUUUUCACCAAGAAAGGGGACCUGCGACACAUCACCAAACUGAAGCCCUGGGGCCUGCUGGAGGUGCUGGUGGAGAAGUACGAGUGGCCCCGCGAGGAGGCGCAGAGCUUCGCGGACUUCCUGCUGCCCAUGCUGGACCUCAUCCCGGAGAAGAGGGCCACAGCGGCAGAGUGCCUGCGCCACGCCUGGCUCAGCCCCUGACGGGGCGCGCCGUCCCACGCCCCCCCCUCCGCCCCCACCACCAUCCGCACCUCACCACAGGCCCCUUCAGACCAGGCGCCCCGAGCGACAGGACUCGACCCCGCGCAGCACCUGGCGCCGCUGUCCAGGCCCGGAGCAUGCUGGAGACGGCACAGGAGGAGAAACCGCGGUCCAAUCUAGCUGAUUUACCACCUAUUUAUUUCUUUUUUUAUUUUACUUACUGGAUGUUACUUGACUUUUUUUUCCAUUAGAUUUCCUUUCCGCUGAAAUAGCGUAGUGUCAGAAGGAUUUGCGGAUUUGGUCAGGUCUCCUGCUUGAAGGCCUCCGUGCUCGUUUUCUGAUCUUGUGGGCCCAAACAAAUGGGGAGAAGGGAAAGGAGGACACAUCCAGUUUACUCAAAACCUUCCAGUUCCACAUUGAAAGGAUCUCUCUUAAUAUCUUUGUAAUAUGAAUUCCAUACGUUUUGUAUAUUGUCUGGUUGGUUCACCGGACUACUGGGGUGUGUGGGGUCGUUGUUGCUGCUGCACAAGUAAAAAGUAUUUAAGAACACUAUUGCAAGAUUUUUUAAACCAUUGUUUUAUCUUGGAGGAGGGCUGUGGGGUGAUGUGAUUUCCCCCAAAUAAUUUUGUUCUGUUUGUUUGUUUUGUCUUAAAUACUUUUGCAGCUGUGCUGAAGAAAAUUAGCAGUUACUUUUGGGUCAGUUUUGGGUUGGGUGGCAUGUUAUCUCCCACCUCUGGAAAAGAGGGAUGACCAGAUUUUUUGUCAGUAGCCAAAGACUCUUGCGUGCGGCUACUGCUUCUCAGUGCCUCUCUGAAAGCUAGUUGUUCUGGAAAGUGUCUCCAUCUGGAAGCAGCUUCAGAUCCUUCACAAACAUCAAGUCCCCCUCAGCACAGGUUCCACAUUGUUCGUCUUUGGAAAUAUCUUGGGUGAUAUUGACAGCCCGUUCAUUGACUGUCCUCUGUCCUGCAGUACAUAGGCUCCUGAUAAAGAACCACAUUUAAAUCUGUCAAGAUCUUUUAUUCCUGUGACGUUUCUGUGUUUCAUUGUAUUGCCUGGGUGCGAGUAUAAAACAUUGUUGACUGAGUAUGUUCUGUUUUGCCGUGGGGAAAAAGUGAUCGUAUUUAAGCGGGCGCCUGUCAGAAUCGAUGAGACAAAGUAAAAAAAAGUGAAAAUGUAUAGAGAUGUAUACAUAUAUAUACUCGUACCAAAGAGUUGGCCUUGUUCUGUAUAUUACAGCCAUGUACAGUAAGAAAUUCCACAUUUGGUAUGUAUUAGCUAAAAUAUUUAGCUGGAUAGUGGUUUGUUUUAAUCUGAAAAUGCCUUGUGGAUCUGUCAGCUACCUGUCUAGUUGCUUUUGAAGAUUUCUUCACACCGAUGCAGUUGCUUACAGUUCGGUAGGUGUCAGAAUGAAAGGAAAACUGAGAAAAAGAAACAAGGAGCAGGUUGUGAUCAUGCUAUGAAUCUCAAUGGAGCUCUUUCUUGUUCCUCUGGCGAAGACGUCUGCACUUGACAGCCUUUUCAGUGUGCACAUCUUUUCGUCUGCAGCAGCGCGCUCGGUCUCUCUUCAUGCGUUUGAUUGUUCACUGCUAAUCUAAAUGAUAGAAAUUACUUUUCCUUUAUUCCCAAAUAAUAAAGAGGAUUUUGAGAUGAAAA